CCUCUGCUGCUCCGCAAACAAGAGCAUGAGAAGAAACGCAAGGAGAUCAAGGAACACUGGCUGAAGGCCAAGAGAAAACUGAUGGAGUGUGAGGCCAACCUGCGCAGGGCGAAGCAGGUCUACAUGACCCGCUGCGAGGAGUACGACAAGGCCAGGACGGCGGCUAACAGGGCCGAGGAGGAGGGCGGCAGUUCUACCACCAAAACCGUAGACAAGAAGAAACGGCUGGAGGAAGAGGCCCGCAACAAGACUGAGGAGGCCGAGGCCACGUACCGGACGUGUAUCGCAGAUGCCAUCACACAACACCAGGAGCUGGAGCACAUGAAGGUCACCAUCCUGCGGCAGAUCCAAGAGGUCAUCAAACAAACCGACCAGACCAUCCGCUCG